CAGCACUGGCUUUCCGUAGCAGAAGCAUUCCACCUUUGCUGGAAGUGUUUUACUAUUUUCCUGUGGUAGUAGUGGGGUAGUGCUGUUUUUCGUACAAGUUAUAGCUGUGUUUUUGUUGCUGGAGAGUAGGUUAACAGCAACAUGUCAGACUACGAUUCAGAAACGUAUGUAUCCUCUGAAGAUGAAGAUUACAUGCCGUCUGAUGAGGAUGAUAGUGAAGAUGAUGGGAAGGAUGAUAAUGAUGAAGAGGAUGAAGGACGGGGAGGUGAAGAAGAAAAGACACAAAAGAAGAAAGCCCACAAAAGCUCUAAGGGCAUCCCUUCAAGGAAAACAGGGCAACUUCUUUUGGAAGAGAGAGAAGCAAGCAAAAAGCAAGAGGUACAGAGUACUGCUGGUUUAGAUGAGGCUUCUGUGCCAAUAGAAAGCCGAAAUAAUGAAGAGGAUGAGAAAAAGAAGGCUGAUGCCCUUUGGGCAAGUUUUCUCACUGAUGUAGGAUGCAAAACCAGCCCUCCGGCUCCAGCAGCAACAGCAGCACUGAACGAAAAGAGCAGCCAGGAAGUAGCAAAGCUUGGUAGUCCAGAGCAGAACCAAGUAAAGAAACAAACUGAAGACCAGCCAAACAAACCUGAAAAAGUUACAAUUACCAAAGUGUUUGACUUUGCAGGAGAAGAAGUGCGGGUAACUAAAGAAGUAGAUUCUAGUUCCAAAGAGGCAAAAUGCUUUUUUAAGCAUAAAGACCUAUUGCAGAAUUCUCAGAUGGCACCUCAGUUAGCAGCAGCUGAAGACGUAAAGACAAGUUCACCCACCUCUGGAGCAAAACGAGCUUGUGGUCUGGGCAACAUUUUGGGAAAAAUUGGUGGCAAAAAACAGAAAUUGAGUACCCUGGAGAAAUCAAAGUUAGAUUGGGAAGCAUUUAAAGAGCAAGAAGGAAUUGGCGAAGAACUGGCCAUCUUCAACCGAGGAAAAGACGGAUAUAUUGAAAGAAAAGCUUUCCUGGAGAGAGUAGACCAGAGGGAAUUUGAACAUGAGCGCGAUGUCAGACUAAGCAACAUGAAGCGAUGACAUAAUUUUUUCAACCAUAUUUCUCAAAUGCUAUGAACUUUUGAAACGUGUUUGCCAGUCUUUAUAGUUGGGAACAGUUUGUUGAACAAUUUGCUUAUAUACCGAAUUCAGUUUGGCAGCAUUUUCACAACAGAAAAUUUCUACUGCUCCUUUCAAAAGCACGGUUAAUUAGGAAGUCAUUGUAUGAUAAUUUUACUUUUGUUUGUUCCACAGUGUUUUCAUUUUUACAGCUUUACUGAGUCCCAAGUGCUGUGUUAACCUGUUCCAUUCAUGUUGUUUCACUACGAAGUGUGUAAAUGGUGUCUAAUGUACGAGUCUACAGGUGUGAAUUUUAACAGUAAACAAUAAAGCCUGCUCUUUUUUAUCCAUA